UCGAUAAUUCGAUGAGUUCAUUUAUUCCAAUUUUUUCACUAUUAAGAUAAGUACAAACGUUGUAAAUAUGAUGCGAUUUUCUAUGUUUCUCGUGUGCAUAACACUGUUAAAUAUAGUGAACUAUUCAAAUCAAAUUGAGUUAAAAAAAACUGUAGUCACAAAAAGUGGUCCGAUUCGGGGAAAGCUGCAAAGUACAAUUUGGUUGAAUAAACCCUAUUAUUCAUUUCGAGGUAUUCCAUAUGCCAAGCCGCCCGUUGGUAAACUUCGAUUCAAGGCACCUGAGCCAAUUGAAAAAUGGCCAAAAACAAUUGACGCAUAUGAUUAUGGUAGUUGGUGCGCUCAGGUAUCGAAACAUCCAACAAGUGAAAAUUGUCUCUUCCUUAACAUAUUUGUACCGAAAAUUCAAGAUACAAAAAAAUUGCCAGUAUUAUUUUUUAUACACGGUGGAUUUUUUGCUCGGGGUUCCGCUGAUGAUAGUCAACAAGGCCCGGAUCAUUUCAUCGAUCAUGAAGUAAUUCUUGUUACUGCAAACUAUCGACUUGGAAUAUUCGGUUUUAUGUCUUUGGGAACACCACAAUAUUCUGGUAAUAUGGGCUUAAAAGAUCAACAAUUGGCCAUGAAAUGGAUUCACGAGAAUAUCGAAGCAUUUGGUGGAGAUCGCUAUAGAAUUACUCUGGGCGGCCUUAGUGCAGGCGGAAACUGCGUUGGUUUGCAUUUAAUCAAUGAAGAAUCGUCGAAAUAUUUUAAUCAAAUUCUCAGUAUUAGCGGAACACCAAAUAGAUUUCACAACUAUCAGACAGGCGACCACCGAUGUUUGAUUGAAAAUUUUUACAGUAAACAUUCGAAAGAUCGUCCUAGCGACAAAAAACUAAUAAAUUUUCUUCAAAAAGCAAAUGUUACUGAUAUUAUAAACUUUUUUCAUGAGACAUUCAAUAAGAGAUAUUCACCGUGGAAUCCAGUUGUUGAAAAAACAAACGCAAUACGUGCGUUUAUUGUGGAUGAUCCGAUAACUGCGCUAGAAAAAAUAGACAAUAUCGACAAACCUGCUUAUUACACAAUCACCGAAUAUGAACAUUUAUCUAGAUUUUUAAUUUAUGGAACAAACUAUUCACACCCAAGAGUUGUUCGUAAAUAUAUAGAAGAUUUCAAUAUUGAUUUGCCAAUUUUUGGAUAUAAAUCAAUAAUUGAUAAGAAACCUCCAUAUCUUAAAACUGUGCUGAAAAACCUUCACAAUUUCUACUUCAACGUCACCACAAGUACUACGGAUCAAGAGUUAUUAAGACAACGGCUCGUUCUGGAUUCAGAUCUGUACUAUGUUUACGCCCACGAAAAAUGGAUGGAACAACAUGUUGCUAUAUCGAAAAAGGACACCUUUUACCAUCGAUUUUCACUUCAAACCAUAAUAAAUCCACAUCCUGAGUAUCCUGGAGCAGGUCAUGCCGACGAAUCGCAAUUUAUAUUUCGAUGUACCUUGUAUGCUAAUGCAUCCCAGGUAAAAGAAAAUAUGAAGGCCGAUAGGGACAGUGCAAUAGCUUUUCAUGCAAUGGACGUGAUGCAAAAACUAUUCGCAAACUUUAUAAAAUAUGGAAAACCAAUUCAUAAUGCUGAUCUGAUGAGUCAAGAAUUUAAACCAAUUCAACGUUCAAGUAAUUCGGAUGAAUUUGAUUUUGUCGAUGUCACGAAUUCCGGAUUAUUUCCCGGCAAGGCACCGUUUGGCAGUAGAACCAAGUUUUUGGAUCACAUAAUAGAAGAAGUUAAACGAUUGGUUAAAAAAAACGGAGAUACACCCAAAAAAACACAAGUACAACAGUUAUGUGAGAGAAUGAACUUUAAAAUUAUGGCCAAAUGUUAAGCAAGUUUUACAACAGGAAAAAUAUGAUAAACAAUUCAAAAUUAUUCAAAUUAAAAAACAAAAAUGAAAUUUAUCAAUUUGUUAUUUAUUAAAAUACUAAAAAAUGUAGAUUUCAAUAAAGAUUCCAUUUAAAAGAAACAUGCAAAAUAUCAA